AUGAAGCCUUUCACCUUUCUCACAUCGGCUCUGUGCCUCGGCACAACUGUCCUCGGCGCGCCAGCGAAGCUACAUCGCCGCAAUAGCGUAAGCAGAACUACACCACCGUCUGGAUGUCUCUCGGUUGGCUCGAGUGGAACAUACUCGACCAUCUCUGCGGCACUGACUGCAUUGGGCUCAUCGACUUCAUCAGCCUGUAUCUUCGUCUAUAGUGGUACUUAUGCCGAACAAAUCAAAAUCGACUAUGCUGGAUCACUUAUCAUCUAUGGUGAAACGACCGACUCUGGAACCUACAAGUACAACACCGUUACCAUCACAAAUACGAUAUCAUCAGAAGAGGCUGGGUCUUUGGAUCUGAGCGCUACAGUGAACAUCGUCUCCGACAACGUUAGCGUGUAUAACAUCAAUGUUUUGAAUGGGUAUGGCAAGGGAGCACAGGCUGUCGCUCUCGUCGCAAAUGCGGAUGAGCUUGGCUUCUAUGGCUGUCAAUUCUCCGGAUACCAGGAUACGCUCUAUGCUAAAGCUGGAACACAAUAUUAUUCCAAUUGCAUGAUUGAAGGAGCCGUAGACUACAUUUUUGGCGACGCCUCCGCUUGGUUCGGUGAAUGCGACAUUGUUUCCAAUGGUUCAGGCGCCAUCACCGCCAGUUCGCGUGAAGAAUCCACCGACACAUCCUGGUACGCGAUUGAUUCAUGUAAUAUCAAGGCUGCGUCCGGUCUUGAUCUCGACGGUGAAGUAUACCUCGGUCGACCUUGGCGCGUUCUUGCGCGUGUUAUCUAUCAAAACUCGGAGUUGGGCUCUUUGAUCAAUGCUGCUGGUUGGACGACUAUGGCGGAUGGUGCGACUCCACUUUAUUAUGAAUAUGAUAACACUGGUGAUGGAUCGGACACUUCCGAUCGUUUGUACGAGACGUCUAUCUCGGCAGGUGUCACAAAGACGACGGUUCUUGGUAGUGGAUAUGGGGACUGGAUUGAUGAGAGCUAUUGA